AUGGCGCUGCGAGGGGUGCAGAGCUUGCAGGCCGCGGUCGGCAGCCUGUGCUCCAUCUUGGCACCCAGCGCACCCUGCUCGGCACGGCCCUGGGGACUGCGGGCGGGUGCUGUCCGGGCACUGAGAACCGGCCCCGCUGUGCUGUCGGUGCGGAAAUUCACAGGAAAACACGAAUGGGUAACAACAGAAGAUGGUGUUGAAAGAGUGGGAAUCAGCAAUUUUGCACAGGAAGCUUUGGGAGAUGUUGACUGUAGUCUGCCUGAAGUUGGGACAAAGUUAAACAAACAAGAGGAGUUUGGUGCUUUGGAAAGUUCACUGGGCAUAGGCUGA